AUAAAGGAUGGAUCAAUUGACUGCACAUCAGUGGAAGGUGAACCACAAGCCUAUGACACUGAAUACCUUCAUAAACUGAAUAAAAUUCAUACACCUGAUGAUCAGAGAAAGUAUGAUUCAGGGUUUCAUCUACACUCAUUCAACCAGUACUUAAGUGACAAGCUUUCUUGUGUUCGUCCUAUCCAGGACACUAGACAUAGCACUUGUCAACGCAAGAGCUAUGGUGAGAAUCUCCCAAAGGCAAGCAUCGUCAUCUGUUAUCAUAACGAAGCAUUUUCUGUGCUAUUGCGCACUGUCUACUCUGUGCUUAACCGCUCUCCGCUUCAUCUCAUUCACGAGAUCAUCCUUAUUGAUGAUUUCAGUAACUUGCAUGAUUUGCAUCAAAACUUAACUGUACACUUAGAGAAGUAUCUGCCAAAGGUCAUCUUAAAGAGAACCUCAGAGCGUCUGGGACUGAUUCGAGCUCGUGUUUUUGGAGCCCACCUGGCAACAGGAGAGGUACUAAUAUUUUUGGACAGUCACUGUGAGGUGAACCAAAUGUGGAUUGAACCACUGCUAGCAAGGAUUAGAGAAAGUCGAAAGAAUGUAGCUGUGCCAAUUAUGGAUAUUAUCAAUGCAGACUCAUUUCUAUAUGAGCCAUCUAGCAUUGUAAAAGGUGGUUUCAACUGGGGAAUGCACUACCGAUGGGACUCAUUGCCGAAGUCCUAUUAUUUACACCCUGGUGCAGAGUAUUAUCCAAUCGAGUCACCAACAAUGGCAGGAGGGCUAUUUGCAAUGGAUCGAGCCUACUUUCAUGAACUUGGGGAAUAUGAUACUGGGAUGGAUAUAUGGGGAGGCGAGAAUCUGGAGCUUUCAUUUAGGAUUUGGAUGUGUGGCGGAAGAUUGGAGAUAAUCCCAUGUUCCAGAGUGGGUCAUAUUUUCCGCAGUCGCCGACCUUAUGGGGGUGACGGUUUUCUGAAGAACUCCUUGCGUGUUGCACACGUUUGGAUGGAUGGUUACAUAAAAUAUUUUUUCCAAACAUGCCCGAGUGCAGUGAAUAUGGACUAUGGAAAUAUUACUGAGAGACAAGCGCUAAGAAAAAAGUUGAAUUGCAAAUCUUUUAAAUGGUACUUGGAUAACAUUUACCCAGAACAGACACUGCCUGCUGCAGUCGACAGUAAUGCAGUAAUACGCAAAAAAGAAAAAGAGGUGGAGAUAAUAGAUGUCAAGACAAGGAGAAAGGGACUGUUGAAACACAUGGGGUCUGGAUUGUGCGUCCAGUCAGAGAGAUCUAUCUAUGAUAAACGGUCUCUGCUAACAUUGGCCGUGUGUGAGCCUAGUGAAGACAAGAAUCAGAUCUGGUAUGAAACAUCCAACCAAGAUCUCAGGCUUGCAAACACACUUUGUCUGGAUGUGAACACCACAGUGGGACCAUUUGCUCGACUGAUGCACUGCAGUGGAUCAGGCUCUCAGAUCUGGACUUGGUCAACCAAAGAUAAUGUGCAAAUGCUUCACAAUCCAUCCAGUGGCCAGUGUUUGGUCGCUGUCGGUACAGAGCCUGGCUCUCAGCUGCAGACAACUACAUGCAGCAGCCACCGACUUCAGCAUUUUGUUCUCGUUUCUUUUUGAGAACAGUUCCAGAAACACAAAGCCAAACAUGCACAACUAAUUCUUGCAUUGAAUGAGAUUAUUAAUAAUGGCAUCCAAGGAAAUAGAAUACUAAGUGCAUUAUUUUUACUGUAAUUAUUGCAAUCUCUGAGUAUCAGUUAUUGGAGAAGGUGCACAUGUCUACUUAAUAAGACAGUGGUGAGGAGAUGACUUUGCGAUGGCUCAGUGCAUUUCGUUCAGAAACCACAAGAGGUCCAAUACAGCAGUGCAAUAAAUAUAAAAACAGCUGCCUUGCUUAUUCUACAAAAGAAAUAUCUUCUACCUUCACUGUACAAAUGAAAAGCCUGCACUCAAGGGAUAACUGGCCUUAUGUGAUUUCUUACAUAAACUUGCAUUUCUUCUUUAAACUGUUUCAGAUGACAUGACUGUAUUGAGUUAUCCUGACUAGCUACCUCAAUUUUAGCUUUCCACUCCCUAUUGGUCUGACUUGACUAAUAAACAAGGAAGAUGAAUAUUUGACCAAUGCCACUCCCCACUCACUCCAUCUGGCCCUUGCCAGUCAGUGAGCUCACUCACACCACUCUUUUGCCUGGGUUCAUACAGUUAAGAGGUGUGUCAACUACCUUGUUUGUGCGGUCUCGGGGAUAAGCCAUGCGCAGACUUUGAUGUGCGGAGAAAUCUCCUGCUUUCUAAUAUGUUCGUUUUACCAACUGCCUGUCCUGCUCUGAAAUUUACUUUGUGCAGUUUGCCACUCCUUGGCUAAGGAUCGAUGGGUGCAGGUGGUGAACUGCAGUAGGAAAGUAAAUGCCUCAGCACGCUCUUUAUCUUUAGAGCAGAAUAAGGUAUUAGACAGCCAUUAACGCUUUGUCCCUCUACCGUGACAGUGGUUUCACUACAUAGCUACAUUUCUCAUAAAGAGAGAGAAAUAGAGGGACCAGGCAGGGUGGCGUUGUGUGUCCCAAUGGUGUCUACUGCACUUCUUCAUUCAGAUUAUGGGGUAGAAGAUGUGUGUAUUGAACAGUGUUUUUCUUUUCAACACCCCCUCCCCCACCUUUUCAUUGUUCUCCAUAAAUUAUAGUCACGUCAUCUGGGACAGUACAAAGAAGAAAUGCCAUUUUCAAUGGUAAAAUUCCUUUCUUUGAAAACUUACCAGAUGACAUGACUCGCUAGAUCCCUCCCGCCUCCUACCUCUUCACUGUCGGUUUUUCCUCAGCCAGGCAAAAAACUGGUUUGAGGAGAGCUCACCGACUGGCAAAGGUGGGAUGUGGGGUUUAGUUUAGUUUAUUCCUUGUUACUUCUCAAGGAGCAUAGGGCUGCAACAGCACCUCACCAGUGAGGGAUAUGGGGUGAGUUGGUAAAAUUUCUGUUCUCCCUGUUUAUUGGUCUGAUCUGACAAUCAGAAGUGGAUAGCAGGAAUUGAGGUAGCUAGUCAGGAUAACUCCAUAUAUUGAUGUCAUCUGGCAAGUAUUCGAAGAAAGGAAUUUUACCAUCAAAAAUGGUAAUUGAUUUCUGUGCUUUUUAAAAACAAAAGUUUACACGUCAUUGAUGUCUCGAUAGAUCACUUUGUUUUAUUUGUCAAACCACCUUUCAGCAGUUUUGGAAUCUCUCAAACUUUUCGAGUCUUCCUAUCUUCAUUUGUUUUGCUAUUGUCUUUCUAAGUUUCAGGAAUGCAAUUGUUUUUCUACAGCUGAUUCAUCCAGUGGUCUGAUAAAUGAGAGCAUGUGUUUAUGUAUGUAUGGUACAGAUCUGUUGAGAAAUUGGUAUUUUUAUGACCAGUUGGUGUGUCCGCCUUGAACAUGUUUUCGUAUCAGAUUCUGACAUUAUUGUUAAUAUUGGUAAAAUGAAAAGGCAACAGGUCAGAAACUUUAUGUGGUUACAGGAAUAUAAGUGGAAGAGUGAUGUGACUAAAGGUUUUUUUUUAUCUUUUACUUGAAAACACUGCUGCUUUGCAUUAUUUAGUGUCAGAAGCCUAGCGUCUUCCUCAACUUGCCUUCACAACUGACCUUCUGUUGGUAUUCUCUUUUGAGAAAAUUUGAGCUCCCAAAGUUUGAUGGGAUGAUUAUUAUGAUUGGCGGUGUUGUUUAUUUACCAGCUUUUAACCUCCACACCCUGAAGAUCACUUGCAUGUCUUAGUAUGCCGUGCAAAAGAUUAUUAUUUUUACCUAGACAUCUUUGAUCUUGGUUAGUUUCACUUGGAUUGAUGAUAAUGGUUAUGACCUUGGAAAGGUGGUGUAAAGUAUUAAAGUAUCCAGUCAGAUUAAUAAUUCUUUUUGCUGAAGGCAGUCAAACUUUUUCCCCAGUAUGCAGGUAUGGAGGUUACAAGCUCAUAUUCUGGUCAGUUUGUUUGAAAUCUAUCUAAAAAACAUCAGCCAAAUUUAUCUGAUUCUGCCUAGUUAUUCCAUGUGCCAAAAGAAGAAAAUUUCAUUUUUAUUUUAAAGAAUAUGUUAUGUGCAUCUGAGAUAACAAAACACCUUGAACAAAGUUAAAGUUAUUACAUUGUGCAAACCUUCAAGAAAAACAUCUUGUAUUACCCUUCAUGCAUUUUGUUUUGAUCAUUCACUUUUGCUCUUUUGCAGCAUCAAAAAAUUUCUUUGGUCUCUUCAUGCUUCACUGACAGAUUCUUUGGUCUUUCUAAACUUCAUUCUCUGCAACAAAUUCUUUGUAUUGUAUUCAGUGUUUUCAAAAGUGCCUGAAAUGUAUUUGGCAUCCACACUCACCAGUUAAAGCAUCAACACUUUCUUCAAAGCAAGGUCACUGCUUUUGAAACUGUUGAAAAAGAUGCUGUAAAGUAGUUCAGAUUGAUGAUAUUCCUUGACAUGAAUAAAAUGUAAACUAAUUGAUAUGAGCAUCACCUUCAGGUGACAAAUUUCACUUGUUUGUGAUCUUAUUGUUUUUAAUUUUAAAGACUGAAAUACACGAGACAGACAAGAAGAGAUAGUUGUGUCUGAAAAUGUUGGGGUUAAAAACUUAGCUUCUGUAAGACCAAUAUUUAAAAUAUUUUGAGGUUCCCAAGAGCACAUAAAAAAUUGUAUUUUUCUUCAGCAUUCCAUAGUGGUUUAGUUUUAUUAAAAUCUAUCAAGUUAUGAUAACGUCGGUUUGGAUUUAUUUUUAUUGUGAAAUCAGCAUGUUGUUUUCCAAUCUUAUUUACAUGAAGAAAUUUUUUAAACUGACAUUUCAAGUGUUGUAAGUUCCUUUAUUGCAUCUGUUAAUUAUUUGCAAAAAUGCUAUUGAAGUCCUUAAUAAAUGCAUCAAUCUGUCAUGGGGUUCUAGAUACAUGACUUUUUAUGUUUCACAUGUAGGACUGCAUUUGUGGCCAAUAUCUUCCAAGCAUCUGCAGUAUGUAGGUAGUUGUGGUGUCAGAGGGAAAAAAUUUUAACUUCUUAAUAUUCUUGAUAUUCAUGAUAACAUUUAGGAGCUGAGGAGUACUUGAUUCUUGAAUCAGCAACAAAAUGGUGCCAUCAGCAUCUUCAAUUAGGACUGUCUGAUGAUCAGACCUUUUCUUGAAUUUCACCAAUUUCCAGAUCUCUCCACAUCUGUCAUCAUGAUCUCUUCUUUCUUGAGUAGUGUUUACCACUUGAGAGCUCGUUCAGGAGUGGGAUGCAGACAUGACAGGCAUUAUCCCUAGAUGUAGUCGCACUGUUUGUCAUAUAGUUAAUAGACCUUCUUAACCCCUUAUGUCUUUAGGGGAUCUUUGAAAUUCUUUAGAUGGGUAAAAUUGUUGCAAUCAUUGCAAUUAUCUUGCACUUAUCUUUAGUCUUUCUUUCCUGUAAAGGAAAUCUCAUGACUAGGACUGUAGUCAUUUUAAAGUGUAGCACACAUUUGCACUUCAUUAUGGUUUUUUUUUUUUUUCCUUCUAGCAUAUCUGUUCAGUUAAUCACAUAUCAAAGGGGACAGUAACAUCAAUCAUUUUUACAAAUUUUGUUUCAAAGAUGUACUGACUUUUCCUGUUGACAACCAUCUCUUUUUGACCAACCUGUGCUCUCUCAAAAAUCUAGCAAUUUUCUUCAUGAUACACGUAACAUAAAAUUUUUAUAACAGCAUUUUUUUUUAAUAGGGAGGGACGAUUUAGGAUACUAGGACCUGGUAGCAGAAUAUCCUAUGUUUAUACAUGCCUGCUUAGGCAAAAUGUGGCUUAUUCAAUAGUCUCAGGCAUAGAUUUAUUACAGUGACAGUGAUUUCAGCAUUGUUUCCUUUACCUGUAGCAACAAAACAUGUCAGUUAACGGUAGCUGCAUAAUCCUAUGAACAAAACUCAAAUUUUAAUGAGAUGCAGUCCUAACUUUACUGACCAAUAGAAAUGUUUAAUUGCUGUCCUGCUUGUGAUCACAAAAGGUUUGAUAAAUAGGUGCUGCUGAGAAUGGUGCGUCAUGAGUGACAGCAUUGAGAAUUGGAGUGAUUGUAAGUUUGUUACCUCCUAUUUUUAUUUUAGCUUGCCCUGUCAAUAUAGACAUGAUAGCAUCCCACAUAAUUUAUCGGGUAUUCAUAUUGGAGGCCUGCAGAUUAAUUUGACCUGAGCUACAUUUAAUACUUCCUGGUCUAUCUUUUUGUUGUGACACACAAGGGGAAAGGAGUAGUGGAGGUACUAAAAUGAACUUGCUUAUUUGGAUUUGUGUGCGAUCUUUUAUAUGUCAAAUCAUUGACUACUAUCAAAUAUUUUGUACCUUAACUGCACUUCUGAUGUUCGUUCCAGUCAAUAUGUAUGUAACAUUAUUGCUGUAUACAUUUAUAUGGUGUUUAUUUUCUGUGCAUAGCUUUAAAAAUUUGACUUCCCAACAGAUAUUAAAUGCUAAUUACAACACAACGAAAAUGUAAAUUGUAACAUUUCCUAGUCAAACAAUUAUUGAGGACUACAGUUAUAUUUUCCUUUUUCUAAGAAGGCAAUUUAAUGUGGUUUCCCAUGUAAGGUUGCGUAACCAUACAUAUUUUGUACAGCUGUUAAUGUACAUAAUUUUAUAUACUCCAGAGCGAAGAGCCAAAUACAGUACAUUUACACCUUACUUUAAUAUUGCUUUAGUUCUGGACAAAAAUGAAGCCCUUCAUUAUCAGUUCUUUCACUUACUUGCAGACUUAAACAAAAGUGACUAUUUUUAAAAUGAAAGAAAGAAAUGGUGAGCUGUAAACUUUGUUGUUAACAGAGACAUUAUCUCCAAUGCCAUCCUUUAGUGCAUGUUCACAUUUCUGUGAUCUCAUUAACAUGCAUGCUGACCUGUAUAACUGUUUAGUACAGGUAAAGGUUAGUGGUGAAAGGAAAAAAAGCCAGGUAUUUCUUACAAAUGGGGGCAUCCUUAUUAUAAAAUAGUAAAACUGGAUUUUUUUGCUAUGUCUUGUCUACUUUUUGUUAAAAUGAAGAGAAUUUAUUACUUGCUCUUGGCAUUUAUAGUUUUGUAGUCACUUCACUUGGGCUUUUUUUUUCAAUUUGAAGAUAUGUAAAGUAAGAUACUGCUAUGGUGAUAUUAAUGUUUAUAAGUCAUCAGAACUUUGAUUUGUUCAGUAUUGAUAUUGUGCUUCAUUUACUCAGAAUUCUUGAAUAGAAUAUGAAAGGAACGAUUUUUGUGAUUCUGUUUCACAAAAAUUGAUAUAUGUAUGAAAUGUUAUCAUUGCACAAGAUUUACACCUUUUUUUAAAUUUUCUAAUAUGAAGACAAAAAUGCAGCUGCUUUGUGAAAAAUAAAAUAAAAGAGAUGCACAUGUAGCAA